GAUAUUACCCCAAAAAGGAAAAGGUAAAAAGAAGAUCUCGACCCCACAGUCAGUCGCAUCCAAGACGAAGGAGCGACCAUACCCAUCUCUAUCGUUGCAUCAGCAAAGUUCCAUCGCACGACAGGGCAGCCAUUGAAGAAGAGGAGAGAAACAUCUUGCUUCUCAAGCCCGUCCAUUGUCCCCCAUGUCUCCUUCUCAGGCCCGUCGAUCCAUUCCCCUAGUCUCUUGUCCUCUUCUCCUUCAAAUUUUCCUCGUGCUUUCUGUGUGCUUGCUCAUGUCGCAUGCUCUUCUCCGUGAUUAUCUUUACACUCUUCAUAUGGGUCUUCGACAAAAGGAAGGGCAACAGGGGAGAAACGAAAGAAAAGCUUUAGAAUGUAAAGCGGGUUUGAUACUGAUACGAUCUUGGUGGAACUGGACGUGGGUGAUUUCGUAUCUAUUCGAUUUCUAUGUCGUUUGUCGGGAAUUCGAGUCGUGAUUGGCAAUGUGGGUCCGGAAUAGACAAUUUGGUUGAUUGCUUGGGAGAAUCCUGGUUCAGGGUUUGUGAAAUUUCGCAGCUUUCGAGCUUGUAUGGCGUUUCGGGUGAAUUUCGGAGAGACAUGGAGUUGCUAAAGUGUAUCUAAUCUUGACAAACAAAAAAAGUUAGGAGCUUGAUGGGAGUGCUUAAUGUGUUUUAUGCUGAAUGAACUGAGCACUCGCUGUAUGGGUGUUGUUGGACCAAUUGGUUUGAAAAUGGGUAUGAAUCUGAUGACAUCCCUUAGCCAGUUAGAUUCAUCAAUUAGGAAAGAUCAUUUUGAAGUUCGAACGUUGCCAAUUCGAUUUGUUGCCUAGAAUUUUUGUUAUCCAUCGCUAUGCGAAAACCUGCAUUUCACUCUUUGAGCACACGCUAAAUUUGCAAACUGCUAUAAGCUCCAUACCUUUUAUUGAACUUUUGAUUCUGAUGCAACAAAAAAAGUUCGUUGUUGCAAUUAUGUCAAUAUACCGAACUUAGCGGAAAGAAAUGGGCAGAUACUGUGAUGAUUUCAGGUAUCAGAAGUUUUGUUCUUUGGUUUCUACAGUUACAUGAGAAGCUAUCUAUUGAAGCCCAUAUUUUGUUAAUCAUUACUGGACCAUUGACAGUCUGAAGUAAGAAAAGUUCAAACGUUUUUUACUCAAAUCGUGCACUGUCUUCUCUGUGUAUGAGUGAUGGUUAUAUACUCAUUUUGAUACUUGCAGCUCAAGUUUACUCCAUAUCGCACAACCUGCAUCCUUCAUCUUGUUUGUUUUGACUAUCCACGGGAAUUAGUUGAUGAUGUCCACCUCUUUGCAGCUUUCCAACAACACAACAGCAUUAGCUAGCCAAGGCUCAUUGGCAUCAGUGGUUAUUGAUGAGAAUGAAGGAUCUGCUAAUGGGAACAAUGGAGUGCUAAGUGGAGGUGUUUCACAGGCAGAUACAUCAACUAACAGUUUUAAGAGACUUCAAGAUGAUCUAGAGUCUCUCGGUCUAAAAAUCAAACAGCAUGAGGACAAUAUAAAAUCUCUAAAGGCUCAGAAAAACAUGUUGGAUGACUCUAUUCUUGAUAAGGAAGUCAUUCUUGGGAAGUAUCAUUCUUCUGCCUCACCUAGCGCCGAAGAUAAGAGCUUUUCCAAUGGAGGUGAGGAGGAAACAACUGAGCAAAUAUUGAAGCAUGAUAAAUCUGCCGCUGGAAUUUUGUGCCAGCUUAAAACUUGUCAUGGCACUCAGGCUCCCAUUCUUGAUUUAUCCCAGGAUGUCAUCGGCAUAGUUGCUACUUUAGGCAAAGUAGAUGAUGAAAAUCUUAGCAGGCUUCUCUCUGAGUAUUUAGGAGUGGAGACCAUGCUUACCACUGUUUGCAAGACUCGAGAAGGAAUUAAGGCUCUAGAAACAUAUGAUGAAGAUGGCAGUAUAGAUAAAAGCGCUGGUCUUCAUGGGCUUGGUUCUUCCAUCGGAAGGAUUUUAGAUGGAAGAUUUCUUGCUAUCUGCUUAGAAGAUAUAAGACCAUAUGUUGGUGAUUUUGUAGCUGAUGAUCCACAGAGAAGGCUUGAUCUCAUAAAGCCCAGAUUACCGAAUGGGCAACGUCCGCCUGGUUUCCUUGACUUCGCAGUCAAUAUGGUCAACAUUGAUACCACCCAUAUAUUUUGUUUGACAGCCAGUGGUUAUGGUCUCAGGGAAACUCUAUUUUACCAUCUUUUCUCUCGGACUCAAGUAUACAGCACGAGGGUGGAUAUGCUACGUGCUCUUCCUUUUAUUAGUGGCGGAGCCAUCUCAUUGGAUGGCGGAAUGAUUAGAGGUCCUGGCAUAUAUUCCCUCGGCAACCGGGAGGAUGUGGAUGUGAGAUUUCCAGUACCGUCGGCGUCGGGUGCAUCCGGUCUUCCCGCAAAUUACCACGAAAUGGAAAACCAGAUGGAGGACUUGAAGUGGAGAAGGGAAAAACUGCUGGAAGAUUUGCGACGAGAGCGACAAACGAUGGAUCAAGCUAAACUGAGUUUUGAGAGAAAGAAGCAAGAAUUUGUUGUGUUUCUUGCUCAAAGCUCUUCUUAUGUGACCCAGAUCAACAACGCGAUGGGGCUGGAGAGGCUCUCGCAGUUCACCGACAAGUCCUUCGCCGACAUCUGGGCAAACUCCUUCACGGGUACCCUUACCACCCUCCCAGAUGCUGCAUUGUCCGGCAUCAGGCCACAGAGCAAGCACUCAAGGCUGCGCAGGACUUCCCAGGUGGCUUUGAACAAGGGACCGGGGCCUGCAGAAGCAAAAGGAUGCAGAGGAGGAGCGAGGCAGCGGUGUGCGCACUGUGCAUCAGAAAAGACGCCGCAGUGGAGGGCUGGGCCGCUGGGGCCAAAGACACUGUGCAAUGCGUGCGGGAUGCAGUACAGGUCGGGGCGACUGGUGCCGGAGUACAGGCCGGCAGCGAGCCCAAUGUUCUUGCUAACUCAACACUCGAACUCGCACAGGAAGUCUGCGCUCUCAGGCAGCAGGCCGCAGAACAAGCCCUCCAGGCCGCAGAACAAGCGCCCAAGGCUGCUCGGGACUUCCCAGGCGGUUCCUAGGCGCAUCCACUCGCCAGCGAGCAAGGGAUCGGGGCCCGCGGAGGCCGAAGGAGGUGGGGGAGGAGCGAGGCAGCAGUGUGCACACUGUGCGUCGGAGAAGACACCGCAGUGGAGGGCGGGGCCGCUGGGGCCGAAGACACUGUGCAAUGCAUGCGGGGUGCGGUACAAGUCGGGGCAGCUGCUGCUGGAGUACAGGCCAGCGGCAAGCCCAACGGUCCUGCUGACUCAGCACUCAAACUCACACAGUAAGCCUGCUCUCUCCGGCAGCAGGCUGAGGAACAAGCGCUUGAGGCUGCCCGGAACUUCCCCAGCAGCUCCGGGCGAGGGAGCGGGGCCGACGGAGGCCAAAGGAGGCGGGGGAGGAGCAAGGCGGCAGUGCACGCACUGCGAGUCGGAGAAGACCCCGCAGUGGAGGGAGGGGCCGCUGGGGCCGAAGACGCUGUGCAACGCAUGCGGGGUGCGGUACAAGACGCGGCGGCUGGUGCCGGAGUACAGGCCGGCGGCGAGCCCAACAUUCGUGUCAACUCAGCACUCGAACUCGCACCGGAAGGUGAUGGAGCUGCGUCGGCAGAAGGAGGCGAGCAACAGUAGCCACCAUCAAGGAGGAGGAGGAGGAGGAGGGCAAUCCUAUUGUCAACCGCACGGCCUCGAGGUCGGCUGAUGUGGCGGGCGUGUUGCAAUGACUUGGAUUCCAAGGGAGUGAGGAGUCAAGAGAUUUCUGCUUUGUCACCUUUUUUUCUCUGUUUUAAUUUUCUUUCUAUUAUUUUAUUUUCUCUCUUUUAUUUCGGUUUAUUCUCGCUUUUCCAAAGGAAAAAAAAAGGAGAGGAAAAGCCAAUUGACUGUUUUGGUUUCUAUAAUUUUAGGGUGAAAAAUAAUUUGAUUAGAGGA